UAUCGUCCGAGUAAAAAAAGGAGCGAAUCACAGGAGUCCGGGGUUUCGAUCGAGGGAAUAACAGGCCGCAUUCCGUCCACCGAGGUGUCGUGGGACCGUUUCGCGCGAUAGUUGAUCGCCUUUUUUGCACUUACCGCCAAGCAUGGCCGCCCCCGUAUCGACGACGCUGCACUCGCAGACGUAUUAAGUACGGUCCGUACACGCGCACGAAGCUCUUUGGAGCAGACGACGCGUCGACGGCAGCCCGCUAUUGUCAACUGUUAACUGCGGGCGGUUUUCAACGAGGGAACAGCGGGGGUCUCUUGACGAUAUUUAAACCCGUCUCGACGACGCGACGACCGGAUUCAUCUCCGAUUUAACCGAGGGCCGAAACAUGGACACGGACAAGAGCAGCGUGCCGUAUUCUCACAGCGGAGACAAGCAGCAGGAUGAGAAGCUGCUGGAACCAUUCACGUACAUUCUCCAGGUACCGGGAAAACAGAUAAGAGCAAAGUUGGCUCACGCAUUUAAUUAUUGGCUGAAAAUACCUGAGGACAAACUCCACGCCGUCGGCGACAUAACCCAGAUGCUCCACAACUCUAGUCUAUUGCAACCGCCAAGUUACCGUGGUCGCAACGAAGAAUUGCUUGCUUUACGUAAAUCCGACGUUGAUACGUUUCCGCAGUUCGUCUUCUCGAUUGGGCAAAAGCGUUUGAUUUGGAUAGACGACAUUCAAGACAACUCCAUACUGAGACGUGGAAUUCCCGUAGCCCACUCUAUUUACGGCGUAGCCAGCACUAUCAACGCGGCCAACUACGUGCUCUUCAUAGCACUUGAAAAAGUUCUGGCCCUGAACCAUCCGGAGGCUACCGAGGUCUACACACAGCAGUUGCUCGAAUUGCACAGAGGACAGGGGAUGGAGAUUUACUGGCGAGACAACUACAUUUGCCCAUCGGAAGAAGAGUACAGGGAAAUGACGAUAAGAAAAACUGGGGGUCUCUUCAAUCUAGCCGUACGACUGAUGCAAUUAUUUUCCGAUUGCAAAGAGGACUUCACGCCGCUGGCAGGGAUAUUAGGAUUGUAUUUCCAAGUCAGGGAUGACUACUGCAAUUUGUGCUUGCAAGAGUAUACGGAGAACAAAAGUUUCUGCGAGGAUCUGUCGGAGGGAAAGUUUAGCUUUCCAAUAAUUCACGCGAUACGAACUCACCCCGAGGACCGGCAAAUCAUGAACAUUCUUCGGCAUCGAACAACGGACGUCGAGGUGAAACGCUAUUGCGUAACGCUUCUAGAAAAGUUUGGAUCAUUCGGUCACACGAGAGGAGUUUUGGGGGAUCUUGACCUGAAAGCGAGGGCCGAGGUCGAAAGGCUCGGUGGCAAUCCUCUUCUCAUCAAAAUUCUCGACGAACUUCUAACGUGGCAGAGAACAUGAUGCGCGUUUUCUUCGCCCGCAACCUUCAAUGGUUGUCUUAAAACAAUUCAAACCAAAAUUCACACACGUAAAUGCUUGAACUUAUGUCGCAACAAGAGGUAAAGAUUCUUCGCUCAAAAAGUCUUGUACACGGACGUGGUGAAAACUAACGCUAAUUUUUACUACUGUCGUAGUAUAAGGCACGCCUAAUCUUUGGAUAGAAUAGUUUGUUCAGACAAUAAUUGUCCGUUCACAUUGAUUGAAAAUUGGACAACUUGCGAACUAAGUCUGCCAAGGAUUCGAAAAUAAGGCCGAAGCAAAUAGUUUUUAUUCGCACGCUAAUUACAUAUUUGAAAUCUUCCGUCUACGAUUUUUCCAGAAAAUACUUAAUUCAUUGAAAACAGCAUUUUUUGUUCAACCAAAUGGAGCCCGAAAGGGUAGAAAACGAAUUCGAUCUUCAACCGGUGAUUAGUCCGAAAUUUUCACGUUUUCUGGAUGAAAAGUAUUUGAAUGAUUGAAGUGCAGUUAUCGUGUUGAGCGUACUUAUAGCUAUGGCCAUAGAGAGAUAAGGUAUUUGGCGUUAAUUUUCUUAAAUCUCCGUUCGAUAAGAGAGUAAUUCAUCACGAGUAAGUACUCGUUACAUCCCAACCUCAUUUGAAUCACUUUUGCAGUUGAACUGCUCGUUUCGUACGUUGAAUUCUAAUUUUUGAAAUCAAUUCCUUGAAACCGACGUACUAUCCUUCCCAGUCUUUGUUACAGAUCUCGGUUUUGAGCAUAUUUCGAACGAUAUUUACGCGUUUUAAUUGUCAACUAGGUCAAAUUUGUGUACUUGAUUAGAAGAUAUUAAGUAAUAGGUACGUUUUACAUUUAUUUUGAUAUCAGUUCUUACGAUGAUACAUUUAUUUCACUAAUGACGAAACUUUGAAACCAUCUGCUCCUCGGAAUCUAACAGACAACCGAGGUGAAUCACUUUUCUUCUCAUCAAGUGUAUAGUGAAGCAUAGGUAUACAUAUAGUAAUAUACAAAAAAUCUAAUCCUAUCAAUAGGAAUAAAGUAAUUAUAGUAAAUAAUAAAAACUGAUUAUAAACACCCGUAUGCAACGUGUCGCAUGUAUACGGUUAGCCUAAUUCACGAAAACGAUAAUAAUAGUGAUAAUAAUAGUCAUAGUAUUGCGGAAAAUCGACGAUAAUCUGUUGCACUUCGAAAUCCACGUUUUCCUUUCAUUCGAAAUUUCAAGAAGUUGACUGGAUUUACGCAUCUUUGGAGAAGAUUAAUUAGGUGUGUACUCCGAAGGUUAAGCCAAUUAUUAACCCAUUUCAAAAAAAAAUCUUAUGUUACAGCCAAAAAGCUGCCUCGAGCGGAAAAAUUUCAAAAAUCUGACGAUUUUAAGCUUGUCUUACAUCGCGAUGUAUUCUGAACUUUCAAAAAUCUUACGAUUUAGAAAUCAUCCCCAUAUGUCUUUAUUCACGCCUGUCAAAUCGUAAUUGGUACCACCCACUAGUCGGUUGAAUCGUAACUGUAGAAUUUACCCAAUCCAAUUUCGUAUAAAUGAAAGUUUCUUAAAAAUUAUUUUGCUGUAUCGUUUCGUACGAUAAAACGAUUAGUUUUUUCUUUCGUACUGAAAUCUUUCAAGUGUCUGAGAAAAGAAAAUAUCGUCCGUGAAGAAAAUAUGACUUCUGAUUCAACGAGACUUGUAAAAUGUAUAACAUUUCGAAACCAACGUUUUAACUUGAAAGCACAGACUAUAAAAAAGUCGCGAUUAGUACGAACUCUGUGAAAAAUUCCAGGUAAAACUGAGCGUUUGUAUGUCAGACUUAAAUUGGUC